CCAUGGCGCCGUUCCUGCGCAUCUCCUUCAAUUCCUAUGAGCUGGGCUCCCUGCAGACAGAGGACGAAAGCCAGCCUUUCUGUGCUGUGAAGAUGAAGGAGGCACUCAGCACAGAGCGAGGGAAGACUCUGGUCCAGAAGAAGCCCACCAUGUAUCCCGAGUGGAAGUCAACAUUCGAUGCCCACAUCUACGAAGGCCGCGUCAUUCAGAUUGUGCUGAUGCGGGCCGCUGAGGACCCACUGUCUGAGGUGACCGUGGGUGUGUCAGUGCUGGCCGAGCGCUGCAAGAAGAACAACGGCAAGGCUGAGUUCUGGCUGGACCUGCAGCCUCAGGCCAAGGUGCUGAUGUCUGUGCAGUAUUUCCUGGAGGAUGGGGAUUGCAAACAGUCUAUGCGCAGUGAGGAGGAGGCCAAGUUCCCAACCAUGAACCGCCGUGGGGCCAUUAAACAGGCCAAAAUCCACUACAUCAAGAACCAUGAGUUCAUCGCCACCUUCUUUGGGCAGCCCACCUUCUGCUCUGUGUGCAAGGAGUUUGUCUGGGGCCUCAACAAGCAAGGUUACAAGUGCCGGCAAUGCAACGCCGCCAUCCACAAGAAAUGCAUUGACAAGAUCAUCGGCCGCUGCACGGGCACUGCGGCCAACAGCCGGGACACCAUCUUCCAGAAAGAACGCUUCAACAUUGACAUGCCCCACCGGUUCAAGGUUUACAACUACAUGAGCCCCACUUUCUGUGACCACUGCGGCAGCUUGCUCUGGGGACUGGUGAAGCAGGGGCUGAAGUGUGAAGACUGUGGCAUGAACGUGCACCACAAAUGCCGGGAGAAGGUGGCCAACCUGUGCGGCAUCAACCAGAAGCUCUUGGCUGAGGCCUUGAACCAGGUGACCCAGAGAUCUUUACGGAAGCUGGAUUCAGGAUCACCAGAAAAUGUUGGAAUAUACCAGGGAUUCGAGAAGAAGGCCGGAGUCUCUAAGGAUGACGCCCCAGGUGAAGUCGGGCCAGAUGCCUUCUUUAAGGCUCCCAUUCCCCAACAGAGCAAAGAACAGGGCUGGUCUGCCUUGAGAAACAACAAUGGGACCUAUGGCAAGAUCUGGGAGGGGAGCAGCCGGUGCAACAUCGAUAACUUCACCUUCCACAAAGUGCUGGGCAAAGGCAGCUUUGGCAAGGUCCUGCUUGCCGAGCUCAAGGGCAAAGACCAGUACUUUGCAGUCAAGUGCCUGAAGAAGGACGUGGUGUUGAUCGAUGACGAUGUGGAAUGCACCAUGGUGGAGAAGCGGGUGCUGGCGCUCGCCUGGGAGAAUCCCUUUCUCACCCACCUCAUCUGUACCUUCCAGACCAAGGACCACCUGUUCUUCGUGAUGGAGUUCCUCAAUGGGGGUGACCUGAUGUACCACAUUCAGGACAAAGGCCGCUUCGAACUCUACCGGGCUAUGUUUUAUGCGGCUGAGAUCAUCUGUGGGCUACAGUUUCUACACAGCAAAGGCAUCAUUUACAGGGACCUCAAGCUGGACAACGUGAUGCUGGACCGGGAUGGCCACAUCAAGAUAGCCGACUUUGGGAUGUGCAAAGAGAAUAUAUUUGGAGAGAACCGGGCCAGCACCUUCUGCGGCACCCCUGACUACAUCGCCCCUGAGAUCCUGAAGGGCCUGAAGUACACGUUCUCUGUGGACUGGUGGUCCUUUGGGGUCCUCCUCUAUGAGAUGCUCAUUGGCCAGUCACCCUUCCAUGGUGAUGAUGAGGAUGAACUCUUUGAGUCCAUCCAAGUGGACACACCACACUAUCCCCGCUGGAUCACCAAAGAGUCCAAGGACAUUAUGGAAAAGCUGUUCGAGAGGGAGCCGGUCAAGAGGCUGGGAAUGACAGGAAACAUCAGGAUUCACCCCUUUUUCAAGACCAUCAACUGGGCGCUGCUGGAGAAGCGGAAGGUGGAGCCGCCCUUCAAGCCCAAAGUGAAAUCCCCUGCAGACUACAGCAACUUUGACCAAGAGUUCCUGAGUGAGAAACCCCGCCUUUCCUACAGUGACAAGAACCUCAUCGACUCUAUGGACCAGGCAGCCUUCCAAGGCUUCUCCUUUGUGAAUCCCAAGUUUGAGCAACUCCUAGACAAGUGAGCUCCCAGACCUGCUUUACACGCCAGCAGAGCAGGCCAGUCUGCCCUGGUUCAAGUCCGCAUGCAUGCCCUGGACAACAGCGGGUGACUGGGUGACUGCUGCUGCUGCCCCCACAUCCUCAGAGGGUUCGGCUCUUGUUGGCUGGGCUCAGUACUUCCUCUGUGAACUGUUUGUGAAUUUCCUUUCCCUUUGCCGUCCGAGGGAGACUGUAAAUCCUGUGUUUCAUUACUUGAAUGUAGUUAUUGAAAUAUAUAUUAUAUAUAUGCACAUAUAUAUAAUAGCUGUAUAUAUUGCUCAGUAUAGAAAGCAUGUAGGGGACUGGUAAUGUGUUGACCUUUUUUUAAAAAAACAUGUACACAUAUAUAUGUAUGUGUAUGUAUAUAUAUAUAUGUGACCAAAAGGAAAAAAAAAAGCACAAACUGUCUGAACCACAAGGUUCUUUUAUGUGUGUCUAAAUAAACACUGAAUGGUACCAA